AUGCCAAGAACAUCGACGGUAAAAUCAAUUUAUAAAAAAUAUGAUGGUAUCGUACACAAUAAAAAGCACUCAAUUAAUAAUCGUAAAUUUCUAUUUGCUUCGCAAAAAUCGAAUGAUCAAAACAGAGCAUUUCAUUCAACGAAACUGAAUGAGCUUAUCGUUAAUGAGCGUACUGAAGAAAUCGACCAAAAAUAUUCUAUUAAAAGCAAAUGUAUUAAAUAUAUGAAUAUCAAUGCGGUAGUCGGAAUGAACGUAUCAAGCAUCGAAAGUCAUGAUUAUGUCCCAAUGGGUGAUACACAGGAACAAAAACAAGAAGCAUUGACACAAAUACAGAAACAAGAUGUUUUACCAGCUGACAAGUCGAAAAAGUCAGGCGCGGAACAGCAUUCUACAAAUGAGAAUUUUUCCAAACUGAUCGAAGAACUGCGUUUCACAAAUGCAAACAUCUGUAAGUUAAUAGAAAGCAUUACAACAUCGAUGGCUAAUCGAGAAUCCCAAAAUCAGUACUUGCUGUUGUUGCACAAACAAAAGUCGAAUGCCACAAAAGAUGAGAAAUCAGCUGAUUCAUCGCCUGAUGGUGCAGAUAUGUUUAUUAACAACCCAGGUCCACAAAUCCGAUGCUAG